AUGAUUGAUGAUGUCUACUUAAAAUUCCCUGUAGAAUUUGUGCAAUUUCUGAAUGAAAAUCAGGUGGAUCCUGCAGUUUUUAUGCAGAAUGACCUGCCGAGGUUUGUGAGAGUCAAUCCAAAAAACCCAGCUGAUAAAGCUCAAUUUUUACAAGAAUUGCAGCAGUUAAACCCAGAGGUCCAAUGCAGCGUAGAAGAUUUAGGCUGAAUCAAAGAUUUUUGGGCGGUAUCUGGAGAAGCAAAAAUAGUAAAUACACCUAGCUAUAUUCAAGGGAAAAUUUAUGGAAUGGAUGCAAGCUCUGCAAUACCAGUUUUAUCAUUAAAAUUAAAGCCUGACAUAUCUGUAUUAGAUAUGUGCUGUGCCCCUGGAGCCAAGCUCCUUUAUUUAAAUGACCUUCUUGAUGAGUCUUCAUCUAUAUCUGGUAUUGAUAUAAGCCAAGACAGACUUAAAGUUACAAGAUCUCUAUUAAAAAAAUAUAACGCAAGAAAUGAAAUCCAAUUGAUUUGCCAUGAUGCUUUGACAUGGGACACGGAUUUGCAAUUCGAUAGAAUAUUAGUCGAUGCUGAGUGCACACAUGAAGGAUCAAUUAAGCAUAUGAAAAAGUUUACAAGACAAUGGGGCUGGGAGACUUUUAAGAAGAGAGUUAUGGAUACACAUGUAGAGCUUGAACGACUGCAAAGAGGGCUGCUAAAUAAAGGAUGUGACUUGCUUAAGCCAGGAGGGAGAAUUGUUUAUAGCACUUGCUCGUUUUGUAGAUGCGAAAAUGAAGAUAUUGUGGAUUUUGUUGUGAAUAGCAGAAAUGAUAUGACUGUUAAAGUUGUGGAAGGAGAAUUUCCGUGUAAGAGAGAUAGAAGUUUUAUGAAAUUUGAUCCUCUAAUAUCGAGAACUGGAGGACAAUUUGUAGCUGUUUUAAAGAAAGCGAAAUAA